AUGACCGUUCAGGCGAGGCGCCAUUCCGCCGCGUACAAGGCCCCAUCGCCCUAUAAUACCCGCGAUGCAGACGUCGAAAAACAACCCAGUGCAGGCCGUCACACCUUCCGCCACCACCCAAGCGAUGAUUCCGACGACGAUUCGCUGGACGAACCCAACGUCGCGGCCUCAUACCCUCCGCCCCUCGUAGCGGGCGGGAGUCUUCGUCGUCCCGGAGGUGUCGUCGGAUUCCGCGUCCCCCAGCGGAUCAUGCGGUGGCUCUGUUUCGCCCUCUUCGCCGCCCUGGUCGUAUUCAUCUUGACCCUCUUCCGAUUCACUCUCUCCGCAUCGGUGUCGCAAGUCACCGUCGAUUUACCGAAGGUCGUCGCUGCCAAACCACCCCAAUGGGAGAGCUUCCCAUUCCUCAAUCGCUACGAGGGCGGCAUCUCUGCCUUGGUCGCGCGGUCGAGUAAUAUCCCUGAAUACCCCGGUGAUGGCUCCGAGGACUUCACUGUGCGACCGGAAGCCGACGACGAGAAGCAGGAGGCACAAAAGCAGGAACAACCCAAGGCCAAGAGGGAAAAGGACCUGCACCCAAACAUGGCCAGUAGUGUGUUCAACCCUUAUCCCGACUAUGAGUCACCGGAAUACAUCCAAAAAUAUGGUCAGAAGCGCGAGUGUUUCCUCAACCCGGAGAACACGCUGCGCGUCCCCUCUGUUCAGAGUUACCCAGGUGUCCCCAAUGGCUUCCCGGAGCCGGCCAUGGGCUCGAACACCAUUCUGGGAAUCCGUGAUGAUAUGUGUUUCGAUCGGUUUGGUCGAUUGGGCCCGUACGGCUUUGGCUACGGGGCAAAGAAGGGAGGCUCUGGCGCUGGACUGGAUGGCCAUCGUGACGGUGCCGAUCGUGUUUGGGAGGAUGUGCCGCCUGUGGACUUCCGCACGGUGGAUUGGGCUGGCGCUCAGAACCGCUGUCACGCGGCUAAUCGCCACCGCUUCAAUGAACUGCCUGAGCCUCGUCUCAACCGUUUCGUUUCCAUGCCUAUGGGUGUUCCCAAGGUGAACAUUCCACCACCCGCGGAGGAUAUUCGUCAAGAACCACCUCAAGUUGGCUCUGAGAAGGUGUCUCGUACUGCAGUGGUGAUCCGUACCUGGCAUGACUUCAAUUACACCCCGGAGGACAUCAUGUACAUGCGCUCUAUUAUCUCAGAGCUCUCACUCAUGUCUGGCGGAGAGUACACCAUUCAUUUCCUCGUCCACGUCAAGAACACCGACUUGCAGAUUUGGUCGGAUGAUGAGACCUACCAACGGGUGCUCCGAGACUCGUUGCCUGAAGAGUUCCGUGGCAUGGGAACCCUGUGGUCAGAGCCCCAGAUGGCCCUCAUGUAUCCCGGGCUAGAGGAGACAUGGAUGCGAGAUUUGCCGAUCCAUGGUGUAUACCGCAGCACAUACAUGCCUAUGCAGUACUUCGCCUUCCAACACCCCGAGUAUGACUACUUCUGGAACUGGGAAAUGGACGCACGUUACACAGGCCACUGGUACCACCUCUUCGACAAGGUUGGCGAAUGGGCCAAGAAGCAGCCACGCAAGGGUCUCUGGGAACGUAAUGCUCGUUUCUACGUCCCCUCUGUUCACGGAUCAUGGGAGGACUUCCGACAGAUGGUCCGCGUGCAAACAGAGAGUGGCACUAACUCCGUGAACAACAUGUGGAGCGCCGCUAAGGGCGGAGACCCCAAUGUGCGGAGUUCAAUGCACCAGCAAGGCGACAGGUCUAUCUGGGGCCCUGAACGCCCCGACGAACGGGAUAUCUUCGAAGUCGAGGGCGAGGGAAUUCCGCCCACCAGCAUGGACAAGGACCAAUACCAAUGGGGCGUUGGCGAAGACGCAGACUUGGUUGUUUUCAACCCGCUCUACGACCCUGAAGGCACGACCUGGCUUCUUCGGGAUGAUGUUACCGGAUACAACAGAGAGAAGGGCAUGCCACCGCGGCGCACGGCCAUUAUCACCGCGUCCCGUAUCUCCAAGAAGCUGCUCACAACCAUGCACCGCGAAUGUGCCCUCAAGCGCCACAGUAUGUUCUCGGAGAUGUGGCCCGCCACCACGGCGCUGCACCACGGGUUCAAGGCUGUCUUCGUCCCGCACGCUGUCUAUGUCGACCGCCGCUGGCCCACCCGAUACUUGGAGUCAGUCUUCAAUGCUGGCCGCAAUGGUGCCUCAGGUGGUGCGCGCACAUCCAUCUUCGGCGAUCGCGAACAUAACUUCCGCGGUACUACCUGGUUCUAUUCCGCCGGCUUCUCGCCCAACCUCUGGCGUCGCUGGCUCGGUCUUCGUGUCGACAAUGACGGAGGGGAGCAGCGCGAGCUUGCCGGCGAAGGUCGCAUGUGCCUUCCUCCUAUGCUUCUGCAUCCGGUCAAAGAAGUAAAGAUGAUCAUCGAUGACGGAGAGCAUGCGGAAGAUCGCUGA